AUGGCUGAUUUUUCAAUUGAAAAUGUGUGUUAGGCCAUCCAGGCAUUAAACAAAGGUUAAGUUAGUAAGGCUGAUCCAUUCUUGAGAACAUUCUCAUAAUCUAAUGAGGCUUGGGGAGUUUGCAUACAAAUUUUAUUAUCCAAUCCAGAUUCUUCAUUGGUAUUUUAAUUGUUACGCAUUCUACAGUCCAAAAUCCUCUAUGACUUCAGUAUUUUUCAUAUAAUUAACAUUAUAGUUUCCCUCAAUCCCUAAGAGAUUCAAUAGAUCUAUUAAAACUGCAUAUAAAUCAUUAUCCAUUACAGUGUAUAAAAUUAAAAAUCUACUAGAAUAUAAUGUGUACUCAUGUUUAUCUAUUUAUAUUUGUACACUUAUACUCCAUAAACUAAAUCCAUCUUAGAGUAUAUAAUCUAUUUAAAAUUAGAGUGAUUUCACAAAUAAUUGAUUGUCAAAGCAAUAGUUUACAUCAAAAUUUUUUAUUUGAGAUUUUAGAAAGCUUUCCAGAAGAACUUAUAUAAAAUAAAAAGAUCAUUAUUGAUGAUGACAAAAGAAAAUAUAUAUCAUAAGAUAUAAAGAAUAAAUAAAUGUUGGAGAUCAUUUCAUUUUUAUAGCAAAGAUGGAAUAACACAACUGAUGAAAAUAUCAAGUUCUAUGUAUUGCGAACUUAUAAAAGAUGGUUAGAAUUCAUGAAAAAGAAUAUUAAUGAAGAUGAAGUAUAUAUUUCUGUAAAUAUUAAAGGCUAUACAAUUUAUGCAAUUAACUACUCAAACUCCUUUAUUUAAAGGUGCUUUAGAUUCUAUCAUUAUUGAAGAAUUGCAAAGUAAAGCUGUCGAUGUGAUAUGUAAAUUUUUUGGAAUCAUACCAAAAUCUAUUGCAAUAUAACCUACAUUAGAACCAUAAAUAAUAAAAAUCAUCUUUGAUGAAAUUUAUAAAACAUUUUCAUUAUGUAAAAAGGCUUUGGAUGAAGAUUUAAGUGAUGAAAUUCAUAAUUUGAUAAGAUUAUAUUCAAAACUAGGAGAAAAGUUUAUUUACAAAAUAUUGUUAAAUACUUAAUUAGAAGCAUUCUUAUCAAAUAUGAUAUGGAUUUUUUGUCAUGAAAAUUCUAAUAAUCAAAGUGAAUUUAUGACUGAUUUUUGGAUUAAAAUGAUUAAAACUUUAAGAAAUAUGAAUGAUAUAUAAUUAUAAAGUAAAUUUACUAAGACUUUUGAAUAACUUAUAAAUGGAUGUAUUAAAAAUAGUAAAGUAAAUUUGACAUUAUUAUCUGAAUAUGGUAUAUAAUCUUAAAUUGAAGAUGAUUUUGAAUAGUUAUUGGAUACAAGAUCUGAUAUGAAAGAGAUUAUAGAAGAAUUAGCAACUAUAAUUUAACCUAAUUAAAUACUUUUGCACUUAGGUUUGAUUUUAAAGUAAGAAUUCAUUACUAAAAUGGAUGAUGAUGGAUGGAUCACUUUUGAAGCUUGUAUGUAUUUAAUAAAUGGAAUUGUCAAAUAAAUAACUUUAACUAAUGAUUAAAUAGGAGUUUAAUAUUUGAUGGAAAUUAUAAAAUUAUAUUUAGAUGUUUAUUCAUAAUAAUCUUUAGCAAGUAACAACUUUAUUUUGAAAACUGGUAAAUAUUUAGAUUAUUAAUUAUUUAGUGUUUAAAUUCAUUUCUUAAGGUUGCGCUCAAUUGAUAACCUCUAAUGAGUUAUUACCUUUACUAUUUAAUUUUAUUACAAUUGGAAUUCAUCAUAAAGUAUCAUCAGUUUAAAAAAAAGCAACAAAAGCAUUUUAAUUAAUUUGUUAAUAAAACUAAAGUUUUGUUCUUAUGCAUUUAAAUUAAUUUUUUGAUUUAAUUGUAAAAUUGCAAUAAGUGUAUAACUAAUAAAUAUUAUGUUAGUUAAAAUUAUGACAAUUUAAUAAAAGGUGUAGCUAAUUCAAUAUGUUCAAGUAAGGAGACAAUGUAAAAUUAUUACUUGAGAUUAUGUUCAAUUUUCGCAUAAAAUUUACUUUAAUUAUAGAAAUAAAUAGAAGAAUAGAUUUAAUCAAAUCUGAACAUGGAUUCAUUAGAUGAUAAUAUUUAGUAAUUUAGUAAAAACAUAUCUUGUUUGGCAUAUGCAAAUAGUUAAAUACCUGCUAAUGAAAAUGAAGAUUAUUAGGAGAUAAGAAUUUUGAUUGUAAAUGUAUACAAAGAAUUAUGGCCAAUGUUGAAAUUUGGUAUUGAAAGAAUAGCAGUAUAUGAAUAAAGCAUAGCUGAAAAGAUUGUUAGAUAUACAAAACAUACAUUUCGAAAGGCAUUUAAUUAAUUUUCAGUAGAUUUGUUGACUUAAGUAUUUUAAUGUUUUUUGAAUGUUUAUCGCUAAAUACCAAUUACAGCAUGUAUAUACAUAGCAGAAGUAUCAGCUACUGUAUUUUAUAAAUAUCCUGAAUAUAGAAAUAUCCUAUCUGAGGCAUUUGAAAGUCUAUUUAAUAUAACAUUCUAACAUUUGCCUUAACUCUCGAGUUUUGAAGAGAAUCCUGAUUUAACAGAAGAUUUAUUUGGAAUGUUAGUUAGAUAUGGCAGAUAUACUCCAGUGUUACUAUUGUAAAGUCCUGCAUUAUAAACAAUUUUAUAACUCACAUUAAUGGCAAUAGGAUUGGAACAUGUGAAUGCAGCAAAAACUUAUUAUUCAUGGUUAGAAGUGGCAUUUAAAAUGCUUAAGCCUUAGGAUGAAACCUUCAAGACAUAAAUUCCAUAAGAAUAUAAAGAAAGUAAUAAUUUUGAAUAGUAUUAGAAUUUUAAUAAAUAUUUUUGCCUUUCGUGCCUUAGUAUACUUUAAAGUUAUUUGAGGCUUUAAGGAAAGGAGCUUCAGAUGAAGAGGUAGAGGAUUACAUUUAAGAUUGUAUAAUUGUAUUGUCGUAAUUAUAAUUUAUUGAUUAUGGAAUACUAUUAGAAAGAGUUUUUGAAGAGGGUCCAUAAAAUAUUUUGACUGCAUCAGAAAAGAAAAGUUGGUUAGAGUAAAAUAAAGAUUAAGAGAUAUAAAAACAUUAUCUCAAAUUAUAUUCAAGAAGAUGCAUUCAAAACGCUCUCAGAGGAUGAC